AUGAGCACCCCUUCACCACCUGUUUCAAUCUCAGACCCCUUUUUCAUGGUUGUCCAAGCAGCAGUUAAUGCUGACACUUAUUCUAUCCUCAACCAAGAUAAUUAUCCUAGUGUUGUGUACUGGGAUCACGCCAAAUACACCAACAACUACGAUAACGGUUGCGGUACCUUGCAGACCAAGUCUAACAAUGACUCUGGGAAACACAGAUUCCUAGAAAACAUGGAAGGCGUGGUUUGCUCCCAAAAGCUCCAGCAGGAGAUGCAGGAAUACCAACUCCAACUCUGGUAUACACUCCAAUAUUAUGGCCAUGCUCCGGUGACCUGGACAAAGAUUGGUUCUCUUGCUGCAGACAAUUUCUUCCAUUUGACCUCCUCGCCAUCCAGCACUAUUUGCAAUGGAGUGACUGCCCAUGAAUCCCAGAAGCAACUACGCACGUGA